GAUGUUUAAACUGUCCGCGCAGGCGGAGUUAAGCACAUUGGGGAGGGGCGUAGAGGAAGUUGCAUGGUUGAAUCAGAGCAGAGUUGUGUUUUAAACAGUUCAACACUAUUAGUUAACAGGAACUUAGUACGUUAACUAAGUUUAAAAUUUGUUAAAUUAGAUAUCGUGUCUUAAUAAUAACUCUGCGUUUAGCAACUGUAAAUAUCAUUGCUUCAAACAGACUUUACUGAUCUUCCACUGAAAUGAAAGAGGGCGUGCUCCACUGCCGAUGUGCCAAAUGUUUUCCUUUCCCUGUAAGGAAGCGGAUUCGAAAGCGUCCGUCUGCCGUGACCCUUCUGUCUCUUCCUGAAGAGCUUCUGCUGUCGGUUCUUCAGUGUCUCUCUGCUGAAGAUCUGCUUGCUGUCAGAGCUGUACAUUCUCAUCUUCGUGAUAUUAUCGAUAAUAACUCAAGUGUCUGGGCGCGAGUGAGCUUCAAGGAGAGCUGGCCGGCCCCGGAUACUCUUUGGCUCUUUGAGAGAGCUGCUAAUAAAGGAAACUUUGAGGCUGCUGUGAAACUAGGAAUUGCAUAUUUGUACAAUGAAGGACCAUCACUCUGUGAGGCGGGGCGGGCUGAUCUGUGCGGCAAGAUGGCAUCACGUUACUUCAGCCUGGCCGAAAGUCUCAGGUCUCCAAUGUCCGAUCCCUUUACCUGGGUUUUCAUCCGCCCUCCGUGGUCCGUGUCGGGGGGCUGCUGUAAGGCUGUGGUGUUUGAUCGGCUAAAAGAAGAAUGUGACACCAACCCGGGCCGGAAGGGGAUGUUGCUUCACUGCCUGGCUCGAGUCCUUCAGCUGUUUGAUGAUGAAGAGAAGCGCGCCGAGGCUGUGGCCAUGCUGGAGGAGUCGGGACGCUGUGGUAACGUUCACAGUUCGUAUCUGCUGUGGGACCUGAACCGUAACGCAUCGACGGCCGACCCAGGCAGAUAUCUUCAAUGUGUGAGGACACUCCGAGACUACGCUGCUAAAGGAUGCUGGGAUGCUCAGCUGACGUUCGCUAAAACCUGCGGUACGGCAAACCCUUUGGGUCUGGAGCCCCGGGCCUGUGCCGAACUUGUGGCCCAGUUCUUCAACUCCGGACUGACGGCACCAUCAAGAUCACAACAUCUAGAGGAGAAAGACCUCAACACUAAGAGGUAUAUUCUGGUGGACUGGUUAGUCGAGGUGGCCACUAUGAAGGACUUCUCCAGCCAGGUUCUUCAUUUGACGGUCGGCUGUGUUGACCGCUACCUGUCUCUGCGCUCGGUACCGAAGGCCCAACUGCAGCUCCUGGGCAUCGCCUGCAUGGUCAUCAGCACUCGAUACAUCAGUAAAGAAAUCCUGACCAUCCGUGAGGCCGUGUGGCUUACAGAUAACACCUAUCAGUAUGAAGACUUAGUGCGGAUGAUGGGAGAGGUCAUCUCUGUGCUGGACGGGAAGAUACAGACCCCUACAGUGCUGGAUUACGGGCAAGUGUUGCUCUCGCUGUUACCUGUAGAGCGGCGCUCUUCUCAUCUCUACAGCUACAUCUGUGAUCUGUCUAUGUUGUGCUCUCGUCUCGCUCUUCCCGGUCCGGCCCGACUCGCCUGCGCCAUCAUGCUGCUCACCAGAGCACUGCACAACUACGUCCCGGUGUGGCCAGCUCAGCUGGAAGAGAACACCGGUUUCUCCAAACAGGAUCUUGUCUCCUGUGCUUUAUCCCUCUACGUCAAGUGUUUCGGUCAAGAGAUACCCAAAGACUACAGGCACAUGUCUUUAACUGGUGUUCAACAGAGAUUUGAAGAUGACGCUUACCAGCAGAUUAGUAAAGACGUGGUGAUUGGAUUUAAGGAGCUCUGCCAGGUGUUGGAGGUCCCAGAGGUGGAGCCGCAGAUGGAGGUGUCCAGCGCUAGCAGUCACCUCACAGACUUUCACACGUUUCUCUCCUCUCCUGCCAGCAACAGCAAGAGGAGAAGAGAAGACGACAUGCAGGCACACAGAGGCAGCUUCAUGGCCACGCCCACCGCUGAGCUGUCCAGUCAGGAGGAGACGCUGUUGGGAGACAUCCUGGACUGGAGCUUGGACACUUCCUGUUCCGGUUAUGAAGGAGAUCGGGAAAGUGAAGGAGAGAAGGAUGGAGAUUUAUCAUUCAUGGAGGUGCAGAUGGAGAUUCCCGUUGAAUCCGGUGACAGACGGCCUCACUGUUGUGUGCUCUCUAGUGAUGAGGAUGACAGCCUUUGUGAAGAUAAGAAUAAUGAAGAAACAACAUGCCGCACCAGACCCUGGCUACGCCACCUGUCCUCAUCCUCCUGUUCAUCGUGUCCCAAUUGUACGGAUCUCCAGAGCUCUGGCUACUCCUCCAUUCAGAGCGUUCCCAGUCCAUCCGUCUCCGCGCCAUCGGUUCCCCAGAAUUCGACCUCAGCCGGCUUCUGUCUGCUGCUGCCGCCCUCCCAACGAACCCGCCGACAGGUAAAGAGGAAAAACACGGCCGCACACAGCGGCGGGGAAAUCGAAGGGGACCUGGAACCGGGAGAGGAUGCUGCCGAUGUGGCUUUCCUCAGCUGGUGAAACAAGAUAUCAAGUGGGCUUUGACUGACAGCUGAUAAGGAUGUUGUCCCUUAACGCAUCACUUCGUGGCCUCACUCCAGGAGCACUUUUGUCCACCGGUGCUGAUAAUCUUUAUCUCAGAGGGACACCGGGGAGAGUUCGACCACCGGCUGUCAAAACGUCUUUUCUGAGCUUUUUUCCAUAAAUCAUUACAUUUGGAGACCCCUGACGGUGGGAACGCUUUUUCUUUUCGAAUGUUGCUGUUGACAAGCAAAAUGAUUAAUUCCUUCCGUGUUGAAAAUCACUGGAACUGACACUCAUUUGUGUAUAUAUUUCACAAGUUUAAAUACGUUUAAAGUAUUUAAAAUCCAGAUUGUUUACAACGCAGCCCAGCUUCCAGAGAAAGCAGGGCUAUUUCAUAUGUUGCUAUGUAGUUUUUCCAAUUCUGAAAAUAUCUAAAUAUUUUUUUACAAUGGUUCAUGCAGCUAAGGAGAAAAUGAGAUCAAGAUGUUACACUUUAAACACGCACUGUCCGAUCGGAAAAGGUUUACGCUGUCAUUUCAGGGCACUGAUGGGUUUUGAUUAUUUAUCUCGAACUGGACUGAAGUUAUUACAGUUUUUUUGUUGUUGUUGUGAAUUCUCUUUUGUUUUGUUUUGCUGUCUUGUGUAUGCCAAAGUUGCUUUUGCUAGCAUAGCUAGCAUCCGCCAUUGUUGCCAACGGUCACGUGUCUGUUAUCUCCCUCGUGACCGCCGUACAUCACUCUAUUUUGUGAUACCACUGAUAUUUUGACCUGUGAAACCGAUACUUUGUUUAUGACAGAUCCAAUGCAACAGCUGAUGAAUGUGAUCGUUUGACGUGCUUUUCGUAAUGACCUCGAGAGACGCUGAGCACUUUUUAAUGCUGGUGAAAAGCAUAACCGAUGCUUUGUCUUAAUGUUUUAUAGUGACCUUUAAUAUGCUUGAACAAUCAAUCAUACGCGUGUGAAACAGUGUUAAUCCUGGUAUUAUUACAAUACUGGUGUUUGAGGUUAUACGACACUAAAAGCAUUAAGUUAUUUUUCAGGUCUUGUUGGUACUGUAUAUCGAACAUCACUAAGGAUUGCGACUGUAAAUAUUUUUCUGUUUAUAACUGUAAAUAUAUAAAUGUAUGAAACUGUGAAAGGACAUGUGAACUUGAAAACAAAACGUAUGUGUGUUAUAUACCAGAAACGACAACAAUAAAAUGCAAUGAGAUGUUAGCCUGUAAA